AUGCCUCGUGUAAAAGCAGCUCAAGGUGGAAGACAGGGCCCUGCAAAGAGACAUCUUGCAGAAAAGUUUGCAGCUGGGGAAAUUAUAACUGACAUGGCAAAAAAGGAAUGGAAACUAGGAUUACCCAUUGGCCAAGGUGGCUUUGGUUGUAUUUAUCUUGCUGACAUGAAUUCUUCCAAAUCAGUUGGCAGUGAUGCACCCUUUGUUGUAAAAGUGGAACCCAGUGAUAAUGGACCUCUUUUUACUGAAUUAAAGUUCUACCAGCGAGCUGCUAAACCAGAGCAAAUUCAAAAGUGGAUUCGUACCCGUAAACUGAAAUACCUGGGUGUUCCUAAGUAUUGGGGAUCUGGUCUACAUGAUAAAAGUGGAAAAAGUUAUAGGUUUAUGAUAAUGGAUCGCUUUGGGAGUGACCUUCAGAAAAUAUAUGAAGCAAAUGCCAGAAGAUUUUCUCGGAAAACUGUGUUGCAGCUGAGCUUAAGAAUUCUGGAUAUUCUGGAAUAUAUUCACGAGCAUGAGUAUGUACAUGGAGAUAUCAAGGCCUCAAAUCUUCUUCUGAGCUACAAGAAUCCUGACCAGGUGUACUUGGUAGAUUAUGGUCUUGCUUAUCGGUACUGCCCAGAAGGAGUUCAUAAAGAAUACAAAGAGGACCCCAAAAGAUGUCACGAUGGCACUAUUGAGUUCACCAGCAUCGAUGCGCACAAUGGCGUGGCCCCAUCAAGACGUGGUGAUUUGGAAAUACUUGGUUAUUGUAUGAUCCAGUGGCUUAGUGGCCAUCUUCCUUGGGAGGAUAAUUUGAAAGAUCCUAACUAUGUUAGAGAUUCUAAAAUUAGCUACAGAGAAAAUAUUGCAGGUUUGAUGGACAAAUGUUUUCCUGAGAAAAACAAGCCAGGUGAAAUUGCUAACUACAUGGAAACAGUGAGAUUACUGGACUAUACCCAAAAACCUCUUUAUCAAAAUUUACGUGAUAUUCUUUUGCAAGGACUAAAAGCUAUAGGGAGCAAGGAUGAUGGCAAACUGGACUUCAGUGUUGUGGAGAAUGGAGGUUUGAAAGUAAAAGCAAUAUCAAAGCGAAAGAAAGAAAUUGAAGAAAGCACAGAAUCUAGUGUUGAAGAUAUGGAAUGGUCAAAUACACAGACAGAGGAGGCCACACAAACCCGAAGUGAGGAGUCCCAAGGAGAAAUACAUCGCAGCAUGUCUGAGCCAGGGCCUAGCAGCAGCAGAUAUCACAGUUCAAGAACCAGAAAGAGAGUCCAGAAGUAAAUCACGUGCUGUGAACCAACUUCUCUUUUCUUCUUUUUCAUUUGACUCUGUUCUUCCUUUCUAUUUUAAGUGGUGUGUGUGUGUGUGUGUCUUGUGGGUGGGAGUAGUGAAUACCUAUGUCUUGUCUUUGAAAAAUAUAAGCUUUUUUUAUUAAAAUAAAUACUUUGUACAAUUUAUUAAAGAGGAAUUUAUGAAAUUCCAAAAUCUUCAGGUUAUAUUCUCUAAGCUUUCCCAAGCUGUAUGUGGUUGAGAUUUUGGAGUACGUAUAAGAAAAGUUACUAUAACACAUAUUUUCUUAUCAUUGUGCAUUUCCCAGAGUUUGACGAAGUCCUCAUUUUUAAGGAAAUGUAAAACUUAAAAUAAAGGUCUCUUUUGUUUGAUACAAAUACA